GCGACCGUCGGAGAUGCCGAGGUGACAGGCAGAAGGAGAAAAGGGACGACCACACUCAGACAUAUUUCCCCUCCCUCCGCUUGUUUAUCUCCAAACCAGCGCCAGCGACCGCCUCCGCCUCCUCCCAUGGACGGUUCUCUCGCUAUGGGAUUCCGCUCCACGUCGUCCCCGCCGCCUCCGAACGUAGAGGAUUUUUUGUAACCACACCCGGCUCUUCUUCGGAUCAAGCGUUGGCAGCAAAGACCCGAGGCCCAAAUGCCCGGCCCAGUCUAAGGCUGCUGGUCGAGGGGGAAGAAGUGAGGACAGCGUCCCUGGUCCACAGACGGGAUGAGCGGGGGAGCGGAGCAGGCUGACAUCCUAAGUGUGCUCUCCCUGGUCAAGGAACGAUGGAAAGUGGUGAAGAAGAUCGGGGGUGGGGGGUUUGGCGAGAUCUACGAGGCGUUGGACCUGCUGACCCGGGUCAGCGUGGCGCUGAAGGUGGAGUCGGCCCAGCAGCCCAAACAGGUGCUGAAGAUGGAGGUCGCCGUGCUCAAGAAGCUCCAGGGUAAAGACCACGUGUGUCGCUUUGUGGGAUGUGGUCGCAAUGACCGCUUUAACUACGUGGUGAUGGAGCUUCAGGGUCGUAACCUGGCUGACCUGAGGAGGAGUAUGACCCGGGGUACAUUCAGCAUCAGCACCACCCUGCGUCUCGGUCGCCAGAUCCUGGAAGCCAUAGAGAGCAUCCACUCUGUCGGCUUCCUGCAUCGUGACAUCAAACCGUCCAAUUUCGCCAUGGGUCGUUUUCCCAGUACCUGUCGCACCUGCUACAUGCUGGACUUUGGUUUAGCUCGCCAGUUCACCAACUCUUGCCAGGAGGUCCGACCUCCCCGUCCAGUGGCAGGGUUCAGGGGAACAGUCCGCUAUGCAUCUGUCAAUGCACACAAGAACAAGGAGAUGGGUCGUCAUGAUGACCUUUGGUCCCUCUUCUACAUGCUGGUGGAGUUUCUGGUCGGUCAGUUGCCAUGGAGGAAGAUCAAGGACAAAGAACAUGUCGGGAAGCUGAAGGAGACUUACGACCAUCGUCUGAUGCUCAAACAUCUGCCGGCAGAGUUCAAUGUGUUUUUGGACCACAUCUCCAGCCUGGACUACUUCACCAAGCCUGACUACCAGUUGCUGAUGUCAGUGUUUGACAACAGCAUGAAAACCUACAAUGUAGUGGAGAAUGACCCCUAUGACUGGGAGCGGACUGGCACAGAUGGCACCUUGACAAUCAGUGCCAGUGCCACAACACCACAACACCACACCCGCCUCACCCCGGCACAUAUGGGCAUGGCGAAUGCCUCCCUGAUACCGGGCGACCUGCUGAGGGAAAACACGGACGAGGUUUUGCAGGAUGAGCAGCUCAGCGACGUGGAGAACAACCCUGUUCCUGAGCGCCUGCCUGGCUCUCCCCUCCAUCCGCAACGCAACCAGGAGGCUGAUGUCUGGGAGGAGCUGGACCGCAAUCGUAACCGCAUCAGGACGGCUGUCUGGAAGGUGGCGAUGGAGGAGGAGCACAGCAACAACCAGGGCAACCAAGGAAACCAGAGCCCCUACGCUGGGCCAAGUCUGGGUUCCCCAGUCAAACUGCAGUCUGAGGUGAUGGGUUCAGACCGUGACGGCCCUCUGCUGAGGAAGCUCCGCAACAUCCACAGCUUUGAGCUGGAGAGGAGGCUUGCCCUAGAGUCCAAGCCCAGUCCAGACCGCUUCCUGGAGGCCUGCUCAGCGAAGCAGCAGCCUGGCUCCCCACAUCAGGAGAAGGAGGCUAACGGAGCUGCAAUCAUCCCAGUAACUCAGGGUCAAACUGUACCUGCCGGGGAGCGUCCCGAUAGGGUCUGGCACUAUGAUGAGGAGUUCCUGUCUGGUGGUGGUUCACCUAAGCCAGCAUCCCCUGGAUCUCUGGAGCAGGGAGAGGGGGCAGCCAGCAGCGGGGGCUUUGUGGCCCUCAAUUUGAGCUCUGGGAGGCAGGACAUUGACUCAAGGGAGUGGGUAAUGGUGGAGCGGCCGAGUGGCUCCCCAGGAGCCAAGGCUACCACCAGCCCCUCAGAAGAGGAAGAGGAGCCGGAGGUGCUCCAGCCUGCGGAAAAGUCUCCCAGAUGGGAAAAGGGCAACCCAGGCCCUAGCUCUGGCAAAGCUAAACAAGAAAGCAUGUCUUCCUCCAAGGGAAGUGCAAAAGUGGACAAGUUGGAGCUUAGUGUAGGCCCCGUAGGGGCUCUGCCUCCCGUCACUCCAACCAGCCCAGCUGAAGCUCUGGCUGAGGGAGUUCUCACUCAGCUCCCCACCUCUCCUCCGUCCCUGCCUGAGGAAGUCGCGGUCCGGACAUCCAGCCCCAUCCCACUGCGCUCUCCCAGCCCUCACACCCUCCUGACCACCUUGUCGGACCCGCUGCACCUGCGCCACCCACCGGGCAUGAGGCGCAGCCAGUCUGCCGACCAGCAGCAGCAGGAGCGCCCCUCUUCUUCCUCCUCCUGCCAUGCCUCCCUUCCUCUACCACCAAACCCUGCCCCCGGCACCCGCUCGCCCAGUCGUAGGAAGCUUCCUGCCAUCCCGGCGGGUGCUGCCAACGCCAAGUUUCCCUCUGUCAUUCGCAUCACACGUGCCCAGCUUCAGCAGUUGACAGCUCAGCGUCCCUCUGGGCUGUCCUCCCAGUCAGGAUCGGACAGUGCUCCACAGUGCCUCCUGCUGGAGAGGCGUGUUGAAGCUGAGACUGAAACUCACCAGGUCCAGGAGCGCACAGUGGACAUCACCUCCCCCCGGGACCAUAUGCCGACCCAUCCAGACCCCCUGGCAGAGAUGCUGGCCAAUGGAGACAGUCACACCAAAGUUCAAAGCCCUGUGCCAAGCCGUGUGUCUUCCCCGCUCUCCCCCCGUUCUCCUCGCUCGCCUCCUCCGCGCUCGCCCUGCUCUCCUCGCUCCCCUCGCAGUCCUGUUUUUGCCAAUGGCCACUUCUCGCCUCACAUUGCUGGCCAAAGGGAUUUAAGUAAUGGCGCUUUCCCCAAGCUGAAAGACCCUGAAAAUUAUUCUGGCCCUAUUCCCUGCGCCACAGAGCCUCAGCUAAGAGGUGAGGAGAGUGGAAAGGUGAACCCGGCCCAAGAUCAGACUAGCAGCCCAGGCUCCUCCUCCCUGGCUGCCCCCCGCAGGGACCCAAGCCGCAGGCAAAGUCGCAUCCCAGUCCUGGAGCCCUCCAGCCUGCUGGAGCUCCCCCCUCCUGGUUCUGCCAAGGAGAAACUCCUGCAGAAGAAAGCCAACCACCAGGGCCCGGUCCCCUCUCCCACUGCCUCGCCGUCCCUCUCUGAUAGGCGUGGCCCCACAAUGGCCUCCCUUGCAAGGGACCCGCUGUCCUCCACCUCUGACCGCUCCCAGGACGAGGACUCUCUUAUGGGCUCCCGUUCUGACCGCCAGGGAGACGAUGCUCCAUCCCUCUCCUCCUCCUCCAGCCCUCUGUCGCGCAAGAGUAGGAUCCCUCGCCCUGUUCAUUCAGCCUCUUCUGCUGAGCAGCUGGCUGCCCAAUUCCUACCGCGCCCGCCCCCUGGAAAGCCACCUUGCCGCCCCACAGUGGAGGGCAGGCUGAGGCGUUACCGCAUCCGAGCUGGCAGUACCAGUGACUCGGACCUCCUGACAUGCCUUGCUCAGCUGGUGCAUGGCUCCCGUGGCUCCCCCCUCCAACACCGCUCCUCAGCCCAGCACGCCGGCUCCAGGAUGGGCAUCUGCAGCCUGACGAGCUCGCCGCACCACCACCGCAGCUCCAGCGCCUCGCCACGCAGCUCCUCCUCCCUGCAGCGCUCCGUCAGCUCCUCGCCCUCCCGCCACGAGCACCGUGGCGCCGGGGGAGGGGGCUGCCUUGGCCGCAGCCGCUCGCCUCCCAGCUUCUCCGGCUCGCCGCCUCCCCGCCGCUUCUACCCCCACCACCAGGAGACCUGCUGCAGCCGGCAGGCACGCACCGGCCCCUUCCACCUGUCCAGGGGAAAAGGCUGCAGCAGAGAGGGCAAGUGCUCCAGCAAGCUGAGCAGAUAGUUGCCCACCAGGUUGCGCUGCCACAGCAGAGGAUGGGAAGACUCAUACUAUGAUAGAGUAGACACCAGUCACCUGAGUCUUCCUCUAUGAUUAGAAAAAAAAAAAAUCUUGUUUCCCUGUUUUUUGCUGUCAGUCUUAACCUUGCCAUUGUCUCGUCGCUUCCCGCUAUUCUCUUCAUUUCUUCGAUUUGCACACAGGGUUUGUCAUUCAUUUAUGUGCCCGGCUUUAAAAGGGUGCUCCAGCGAUUUUAGUAAUGAAUUUCCAAAAGGUUGUGGGACCUGCUAGAGUUAGAUUUGAGAAAGAAUGGUCAAAAUCUGUGCAGCAGAGGCUGAGGUGGCCUGACUUUUAGUCUGAUAAGCUCCAAAAAUGCUUCUCCUUACAUUCCCCUGGCUCCUCAAUAUGAGUAAACUGAACUUCAUAUGUAAAAUUGUUGGAGUGCCCCUUUAUGAUCAUUUAUCAGACAAACUAUAUCAACAUGUCAGGGUCCUCAUUUUAUAUUUGUUAGAAAUGUUGUAGAGCAAAAUAGUGAAGCUGCAAAAUUAAACAGUUCUUUCCCAAUGCAGGACGUUCUAUAAUACAUAAAUCGAUAGUUAGUUUAGCCUGUGGGCACGUAAAUAAAUCCGUUUUCUGCUUAUUCAAUUUUAAACCAUCCUGCACCAUAAUAUAUAGUAACUUAUUUAUCCCCAGUAUUGAUGCACUGAUGGAAUAUCACAGUUCAAUGAAAUAUUGGCCUGGGGUUGACUCAGUUAUCUGACUUCAGGAAGGGUAUAAUAUUUAAUUUAUGCUAUGUGUGAAUGCAUAAAGCCAGAAUUUGUGUAUAGUUGUAUUUAUUGAGAUAUUUAUUUUGAUGCUUAGCUAUGCUUAUGACUCCUACCCUCUUGUGUGUGAUCGUGGAUGUGUGGUUUUCUGUCACUCGGAUUAGUUUUAAACGUUUAAUCGAAGGGAUUACUCCGUAGUGAUCCGCUAUACAAUCAAUCAUGUAAAGUGCGUGAGGACACACACCUCUUUGUGCCUACUGUGUUGCUAUGAGGGAAUUUGAAGGAAUUACAGGUUAGAAUAGUGGAACUCCUUUUAGAGCUGAAGGCAUUCGUGGAACACGUGUUUCCAGUAGUAGUAGUUGUGGUAGCAGUAGCAAGUUUAUUGAACACAAGGUACACUACCGAUGAGUAAUGUUCGGAUGCGGAUCUUUGUCUCAGCAUGUGCCUUGGCACUUUGGGCAGCUUGAGGAUUCACACUGGUGUGUCUGUAAUUAGAAAAAAAAAAAAAAAAGAGCCAAAAAACAGACUUGUGCCACCGGUUAGAAGACGACCCUUUUCACCAGUAUUCUUUUUAUGUAGAAAAGGUAGCAACACAAUUGUUUGUAAAUCGAACACGAUUUGAGCAGCAGUUUACUUGGGGAAAGAGUAGCUGUUAUUUGUAAUGACUAAAGGAAAUAUUUCGAUUGAAACCCGCUUUAGCUGGCCUGUAUGUACCAGGUCAGCGUUUGAGAUAAAACUUUGAACAAAUGUGAAUUUCAGACCUCAAACAACAUUUUGUCAAAUGUUACUGAAAAUGGAGGCCAUAUGUACAUAUAUUUCUCACACCAAAAUGAUGGAGAAUGUUUUCUUUUUUCUGUUUUGUUCCUCCUGCGCCGGAGAAUGUCUUUUUAUAUAAUGACAUACGGUGCGUUUGUGCACAAGGCAAAGGACUCAGAGUAUUUGUUUGUGUUUAAUUUAGUCAGGGUUCCUCACUGAAACUCUCCUCCGCAACCUCUUCCCACUCCUCUGCUUGUAAGAUACUGUAAAAUAACUCCAGCUUCCCUCCACUGCUACUCUUUGCAUGCUCGACAGAGAAAAGGCAGAAAAGAAAAAAAAAAAAUCGGAAUCAACUACUGAGUAAAAAGCUGCAUUGCCCUUCCCAUUGCAGGGCAUUCAUCUUGUGAAGAUUUUUAACCCAACAGGGUAUCCAUUACCUGUUGGGUGAGCAAAUUUAAAUUGUUUAAUUUUUCUCAUUUUCCUCCUCCCACCUGAUGUAUGACACUAGUUUUCUGCGCUUCCUACACUGACUUGGGAUGAUUGUGUUGCUGGAUAAUGAUGCUGUAUUUUUAUCAGUGCAACUAGCUUAGGACAUGAUGCACAAAUGGAUUACCAGAAAAAAAGAGAGGAGAACAGACUUCGCUGUGUUUCGAGCAUUUGUAUCGUAGGAAAAACGUACAAGUUGAAAGAUUAAUGGCAGCCUCUAUAAGACAUGGCUGCACGUAUGAACCAAGAGGAAAAUCCCAUUGCCAAAUAUUUUGACAAAUUUUUGCAGAUGUGGUUUGAUUUGAGAUAUUAUAACUACGGGAGUGUAUAGAGGUCGAAUGGGCACGUUGCUUUGUAGAUAUAAAAUGUGCGGUUUGGUUUGACUCACGCAGAUCUCGCAAGUACCUACGCUAGCCUCACAGAGCAGCUAUGAUGACUCAUCCUGAAGGCAGACAGCGUUCAGUCAGUCAGCUGCCUUAAUGUCUCUUCUCUGCCCCUCUGUGCACAGCGAGGGAUGACUGAGCCUUGUCUGUUUUGGAGAUCAUUCCACCAUUAGGGCCAAGCCAAGCCUUCCUGCCACUUAUCUCCUGUCUGUAAACUGCACGUGCUGCCAUGCCCCGUCAGCGUGCUCGGUGUGUCACCACCGAAGUCAGUGCUGUCAGACUCUUGUGCUUACAAAGCGCCGCUUCUACUGGAGAGCCCCCCGCUUUUCCGUGAGAGUGCGUGGGCCAUUUAUCGAUUGACCGGUGGAAAUGGAAGCAUUUCGGGUUGCGGUGUUCACGGUGGGCUUGUUCGUGUGAUAAAUGUAUGCUCUCAAACAGGGGCGUGCAAUUUCUACAUGUCGCCAGCAGCCAAUCUUUGAAUUCAAGCCUCUUUCAACUCCUUAUUUCAGGCUAACAGAUUUCAAGAUAUUUCAAGCUGUCAAAGUUCAGAACGAUGUUGUGCAGACUUUUAAUAUAUACCUGUAAAAUAUUCAAAUAAUUAUUUAAAUAAAAUCAUUAUUGGAAAACCAUAACUUAUAUGCUAACAAGCUUCACUGAAAGGGAAGAACAGACACUAAACAGUGCUGCUGGUUUUACAGAUAAUCAGAUUUCUUCUCAUGCUUUUUUUAUUAUUAUUAUUGCACAUAUGUGGUGUGUAGUUGUACUACUAGUGUUACCUUUCAGAUGAGAUUUUCUUGGCCACUUUUUAAAGUGGCCUGCUGUCGAAGGUGUCAUAUUUAUUGUAGCUUGCCGGUAUUUGUGGUUACGGAUACCCAUAGGCCAAUGAGAACAAACCCAGCUGUUUUCUUUUAUUUUGAAAGGUAGGACGAAAGCUUUGGUGUGCACUGGUACACUUCUCAUGUCAUAACAUCGGAUUACUUGUUUAUAACUUAUAAAUACUUGACAGAAAUUAUUUAUUGUGACAUUUGCUAAUUUGCCCAUCCAUCAUUUUGACUUCAGUUGUUGGGAUUUUUUAAUGGUUGAUAUUUUUUGUGUUGUAAUGUAUGUCUUGGUUUUGAAAUGUAACUGUACAGUCUCAAGGAAAGAAUGUAACAAGUGGGAGUUUUGCAUUGUAUAUAACUGUAAUUAUUUAUGUUUAUUCUAUCAUUUGUAUCAUAUCAAUGCCUUGUACAGUGUUUUUUUUUUCUUUUUUGUUUUAAAAUUAUUU